UGAAAUAAUAGGAAACAGGAAAUGGAUUCAACAAAUAGAUCUCUCUCAAAACUCACACAGGAGACUGAGUCUUCUAAAAGGAAGAAGAGAAACUUCCAGAAUCUUGCAUUACAAGCUUUUUCCCCUUCAAAGACAAUGCCAAAGAGAUCUGCUUUCACACAAUUUAAGACGAAAGGGCAGGUUUUAGCAUCAAUUAUGCAGACUCCAACCAAGAUGAUAGAUUUAUCUGCUGAUAGCUCAACCGAAGAUACUGGUAAAACUCCUAGCUCGAGUACUCAUCUUUCUGGAUCAAAAACCAACAGGUCUACAGGAAGAUAUGACUUCAGCAGAACUUUCGAAUUAGCAAAACCAAAGAAGAGGGUAGUUGCCCUCCAGAAAAAUUUUAUUUCUAAAAAGGAUGAUAUUAAGAAGCUCCCCACUAACUCAACAACAAGGAGGCCAAAGUUACAGACAGCUGCCUCUGUUAAAUCUUUUGAUGUCCAGGCAGUCAAGAAGAGAGGAUCACUUACUCAAAACACCAUAUCCUAUAUGAACAAAUUAUCUGGGAAAUUAGCCAAGGAUCCUGAGACUCCUUCCACUAAGAAGUGCUUAAAUAAAACUGAAAGAUUCACUAUUCCCAAACAACAUAACCCCACUACUUGUAGGAAGAGAAUCGGGAGCAAAGCACAUGAAGAGAUUAAGAGCCAAAUGAACCAGAAAGUAACCACGACUAAAAAGAUUAAUAAAAAUCAACAAGCUGCUUUAGACAGGGACAAAGCUAAGCCAGGCUCUAGUAUUCGAAAGUCCAGACCUACUGUUAGAGGAUUGGGUAGAAACAAGACAUCUCCAGGUGUUCUAGAACAAGCUGGAGCAACUCCACAAAAACAAGUCCAAGAAAAAGUUCAGGAGGACCAAAAAGAACCAAAAAAACCUAGGAUUAGUAAGCAAGUAGAGGCUCCAGAAGGGCUUCUCAAGAUUGAAGAGAGCCUAAAAAGAGGAGAAGAAGCCCUUAGCUUAAAAGAAACUGAUACUCUAAAUUUUACUGAAGAGACAAAGACUAGUGAAGCUCAAAAGACUAAUUCAGAGAAAGAUAGUAUUCAAGAUUAUUCUCAUCAAAAUAAGAAAGAUACUCACUGAGAAAAGAAGGAAGCUCAAAAAUGUUCUGCUAAGGAGAGUCUGAUUGCUGAUAGUGCAAAGAAAAGAGAGGACGAAACUGAAGAAACUAAGGUUUGCGAAGAGCAAGAUACAAUUAAAAAUAAUACUACCCAAAAUAUUAAGGAGAAUAAACCUAAAUGUAAAGAAGAGAAGAAGAAAGAAUUUAAGGAUAAGACUAAGAUCCUUGAAGAGAAGAAAGUUUCUACACCUGCCAGUGAUCAAUUUAAGACUUCUCCCUCCCCUUCACAAAAUCUUCAGAAUUCUUCUAAAAUUACCAACCAAAAAUCAAAUAGCCCAGCCCUGGCUCAAAAUUGCGUUUCAAACACUCAAAAAUUGUCGAAAAACUCACCAAGCAACUCUCUCCCUUCAAAAUCUCCAAUUUCCAAAACUAUAUCAAAGCCAAAGUCUUCUAUCGACCCAAAACUCACAAAUCCUGCUAAGCCAACCUCUCCAAAAUUCCAAAAACCAAUUUCCUCAGUUCUCUUCAGAGUUAGAUAUGUCACUGUUCCAGGCCAGGACCUUUAUAUUUCAGGAGACAUAAAAGAACUCGGAGAAUGGACUAAGACAGAUCUAGGCCUUCCUAUGAGAUGGACUGCAGACCAUAUCUGGGUCGCCAAGUGGAGCACCGAAGAACUUCCCAAAAAAUUCAGCUUCCGAUUCAUCGUAGAAGAAAUAGAUAAGUCCAUUACAACAGAGAACAGAGAUGUUAGACUCUUCAACCUCACUAAAAUCGAAGCAGCACUAAAGAAGGUCAGAGAUAACAAAGGAGUACAAGGUAUUGCUAUUGAUGAAGGAAGUACACUUCUCGCCUUCGAUGAGACCCAAACAACCGCUGUUCUUACCUAUCUGUGGGAAGAAUAA